CACCUUGGAAUGAUCGAGACAAUGCUGCGUUAUGCUGCUACUGGAAUAUUUUUCUUCUGUUUGUCAGGAGUUUCAAACGCUCUUCACCUGCAACAUGACGACUUUUUCGCCAAAUCGUUAACCGCGCUCGCAGAAAAAGUUUCAGAACGGACGUCUCUACUAAAGAUAUUGCAAGAAGGCAAUGACUUAUGUCAAUAUGGAAACGACAGCUACGCUACGCUGACAAUGCUGGAUGCAACUGGGAAACCUGGUAGUAAUCUGAUGUCUAUCAUGUCUACUGGGGUGGUGCAGUGGCUGGGAGAUUAUGAUGAGUGUAUGAGCAUUAGUCAUGACGUUGCUCAUUACUGUUUGUUUCAAGGCCACGUGGGCCACGUUUCCAACAGUCUCACUGGUGGUCCGAAUGUGACUCUUCCUCUUGUUCGCUGGGGCCUUUGUGUUCCUCGUCAGUGCAAUGAAUCUGGUCUAACAGCAAAAGUUUUAAAUAUGUUGUCAACGAUUGUCACUUUUAACCUCAAUGAUGCAGAAGUGAUGUGUCAAGAUAGUCGUCCAUUCACACCAUUUGCUAUCUUUGUCAUUGUCCUUUCUUGUAUCAUCGGGAUGGUUGUAUGUGUGGCCACAGUUUUUGAUUACUCCCGUGGCUGUGUGAAGAAAACACUUCAACAACUGACUUGGGUGACCAAUGGCUGUGGUAAUGUUCAAAAUGAUUCUUGUGAGGACAGCUCAUUGCUGGGUGAAGGUUCCAAGCCUAAGGAUGAAGAAGGUCUGAAUGGGGUUUAUGAAGUGCUGCUUGCUUUUUCUUUGGUUCGCAAUAUUCCCAAACUUCUUGACACCUCAAACAGUGCAAAGAACAUUCCGUGUCUCCAUGGUAUUCGGGCGAUCAGCAUGACAUGGGUCAUUCUUGGUCACUGCUACGUUUUCUUUGUAAUGGUUGGUUUAAUUGCAAACUUUAAGCAAGGCUACAAUCUGCCUCUUGAGUUUGCGUUUCAACCAAUUGGCAAUGCCUAUUUUUCAGUGGAUUCUUUCUUCUUUCUCAGUGGUUUACUGAUUAUGUAUCUUACUCUUCAACGGCUAGAGGCUACCAAUGGUCGUUUUCCAUGGAUCAAGUAUUAUGUGCAUCGCUUUUGGCGUCUCACACCAACACUUCUUGUUGCUCUUCUUCUCUUUUGGCAAUUGGCGCCAUACCUAGCUGAUGGACCACUCUGGAGAGAUGUACUUGACGGACAGCAGAAACACUGCAAUGAUUAUUGGUGGUCAACUUUAUUCUACUUCAACAACUUUUAUCCAAAAUUUGAGAACAUGUGUAUGGGCUGGACAUGGUAUCUGGCUGCUGAUACUCAAAUGUAUCUUUUUGGUCCUCUUUUCAUCAUUCCAGCUUACUUGUUUGGUAUUCUUGGACUUAUUCCUCUGGCAUCAGCUCUUGUUCUUGUGUUGGUGGUAAUUGCUACCAUAACAGCUGUCGAGGAAUUCCCUGCCAAUGCUAUAUCAUUGCGAAGAUCAUUAAGUGGUGGCAGUGUUGAAGAUUACCACAACAUGAUUUAUGGCAAGUUCUAUACAAGAGCUGCACCGUAUCUAGUAGGAAUGGCUGUCGGCUACUAUCUUGCCAAACGAGAUAACAUGAAGAAGAAAGAAUUUAAACUGUGGGCUGUCAUUGGUUGGAUUGCUGCAAUUGCUCUCGGCAUGACUGUUGUGUAUGGCUUGUAUGGCUAUGAGCAUGGAGAUGCUUAUUCACAAGCAGUCAGCAGUCUUUAUCUGACGUUUAAGUCAUGUUUGUGGGGUGUCUGCCUGGCAUGGGUGGUGUAUGCGUGUUCAACUGGAAAUGGGGGUAUCGUUGAUGGCAUUUUGAGCUGGCCUGUUUGGUUCCCUUUUAGUCGUCUAACAUACUCAGCAUACCUUCUUCAUCCUAUAGUCACUAUGGCUUACAUAGCCAGUCUGAAGCAACCUGUGUCUAUUGACAACUUCCACAUGGCUUACUUCUUUGUCUCUGUUACGUGUUUGAGCUAUGCCUGUGCAGCAAUUUUGUCAUUAUGUGUGGAAUACCCUAUGGUUGCAUUGGAGAAGAUAUUGCUGAAGAUGUUGAAGGGAAGGUCUACUGUAUGAUUUUUAUCAUGUGGGAUCAGGCCGAUCUAGUACACCACUGUUGAAUUGUGAUGUUGACUUAUGUACUAACAUUCUAACAGUGAGUUAUAUUUAAUUACUCGGUGGGAUUUUGUACUGUUGAAUUGUGAUGCUGAGUUAUGUACUAACUUUCUAAUAUAGUGAGUCAUUUAUUACUACA